GCGGGAAAAAAGUUCGGAAGUCUUUUACAAAUAUUUUGUUAUUUUUAUACUGGUUUAGUGAUUUGUUUUAUUUAAGGAAUAAAAUGCAUUAUUUAUUGUUAAUGCUCUUCUCAGCGGGUUUAGUGUUGUGCCAAGAUCACAUCAUCAGAAACGACUUUGACGGCCCACAUCCUGAUGGCUCUUACAGAUGGGCUCUGCAAACUGAGGGUGGUAUCUAUCACGAGCAGCGUGGUGAACAGCAGCCGGGGCUGGUGGUGGAAGGCCAGUACCAGUAUACCGCGCCUGAUGGACAGAUAAUCCACGUGCUGUACAAGGCUGACGAGCACGGGUUCCACGCGGAGGGGGCGCACAUACCUACCCCUCCACCUAUCCCACCCGCGAUACAAAGGGCGCUGGAUUACCUCGCUACCUUACCCCCUAACACCCAAUAAUACCUAAGUCUGCACUUUGAUUAGUGCUAGUUAGUGAGAAUUUGUCUUUGGUCAUGUAAGAAGAUUGGAAUGUUUUAAUUAGACAUGAAUAAAUUAGCUUUGAAUCAGUUUAACAUAAAGAGUUCAAAAAUAUAUAGAAGAGACUUAGUUAACACUUCACUUGACAUUUUCAUCGCGCCAUCUAUUGAUUGAUCUCUGAAAACAUUAUUUAAAUUUAU